AUGGGGCUGGCCCUCUGGAGCUACGCCGUCCACCCCGCAGAACCAGAGCCCGUGCAGGGCCUGAGCCAAGAGUGGACUUGGAGGGCAGGGACAGUGUCUGCUGACAACCUGACAGCUGGCCCGGCCGUGCCACCCUCCCGGACAGCGCACACGGGGCACCAGCGCCUCCCAGCUUUGUGGGCCCAGUCUCUGCCCACGCGUCCUCCACGGGCCGGCCGGCCACACCCCCUGGAGGCGGCCAUUCCCCCCUGCUGCAGAGGUGCCAGGCGUGGCGGCGGGGAGGAGGAGGGGCAGCGCCAGGCUGUGGGCACCUCCACCCGCUCCUCCCCGCGUGUCCGGGCCCGGGGAGAAAGCAGGCAGGUGGGCGCCCUGGCCGCCAGCCCCCAGGGGGGAGCGGGAGUCGGGAGAGGGCCCCAUGCAGGGUGCCGGGGCGCCCGUCCCGGCAGCCACGGGGGUGCUGGCGACCGACAGGGGCCGGGCCUGUGCCGGGGUGAGAUCGAAUUCGGAGGGUCCGGGAAGAAGCGAGGCAAGUUCGUGAAGGUGCCCAGUGGCGUGGCCCCGUCUGUGCUCUUUGACCUUCUGCUGGCCGAAUGGCACCUGCCGGCCCCCAACCUGGCGGUGUCGCUGGUGGGCGAGGAGCGGCCCUUCGCCCUGAAGCCGUGGCUGCAGGACGUCCUGCGCAAGGGGCUGGUGAAGGCGGCUCAGAGCACACGUGCCUGGAUCCUGACCAGCGCGCUCCGUGUGGGCCUUGCCCGGUACGUCGGACAGGCUGUGCGUGACCACUCACCGGCCAGCACGUCCACCAAGGCCCGCGUAGUGGCCAUCGGCAUCACCUCGCUGGGCCGCGUGCUGCACCGUCGGCUUCUGGACGACGCCCAGGAGGACAGCCCUGUCCACUACCCCAUGGACGAUGGUGGCCGCCAGGGCCCCCUGUGCGCCCUGAGCAGCAACCACCCCCACUUCAUCCUGGUGGACCCGGGCCCUGGGGAGGGCAGCGAGCCCACUGAGCUGCGGCUGAGGCUGGAGAAGCACAUCUCGGAGCAGAGGACCGGCUAUGGGGAGGCUCUGGUUGUGGGCUCCGAGCUUCGGAAAGAAAAUGAGAUUUGCAAGUUUCAAGAAGCCUAUUUCCCUCCACUGGCCCGAGGUUCGCCCUCACCCCGUCCGCCCACUCUGCCCGCGGCCUGCAAGAGCCGCAGCCAGGAGGCACAGGACUACCUGCAUGAGCUGAAGCUGGCCGUGGCCUGGGACCGCGUGGACAUCGCCAGGAGCGAGAUCCUCAACGGGGACGUGGAGUGGAAGUCCCGCCACCUGGAGGAGGUGAUGAUGGACGCGCUGGUGAGCAACAAGCCCCAGUUCGUGCGCCUCUUCGUGGACGGUGGCGCCGACGUGGCGGACGUCGUGACGUACGGGCGGCUGCGGCAGCUCUACCGCUCGGCGCCCCCCAAGAGCCUGCCCUUCCACCUGCUGCGGCGCAAGCGCGAGGAAGGCCGGCUGACGCUGGCCGGGCUGGGCCAGCAGGCCCGGGAGCCGCCCGCCUUCUCCCUGCACGAGGUGUCGCGGGUGCUCAAGGACUUCCUGCGCGACGCCUGCCGUGGGCUCUUCCAGGCGGUGAGCUGUGAGCGGGCGGCGGGGGGCCGGGCGGGGCCACGGCUACAGGCUGACACCCCCGUUCCCCAGGAGCAGGGCCCGGCCCGGCGGCCCACGGGCCAGAAGGGGCUGCUGGACCUGAACCAGAGGAGCGAGAGCCCCUGGAGGGACCUGUUCCUGUGGGCGGUGCUGCAGAACCGCCACGAGAUGGCUGCCUACUUCUGGGCUGUGGGCCAGGAGGGCGUGGCAGCCGCUCUGGCCACCCGCAAGAUCCUCAAAGAGAUGUCCCACCUGGAGACGGAGGCCGAGGUGGGCCGCACCCCGCGUGAGGCCAAGUACGAGCAGCUGGCCCUGGACCUCUUCUCCGAGUGCUACCGUAACAGCGAGGAGCGCGCCUUCGCCCUGCUGGUGCGCCGGAACCGCUCAUGGAGCAGGACCACGUGUCUGCACCUGGCCACCGAGGCCGACACCAAGGCCUUCUUCGCCCACGACGGGGUGCAGGCCUUCCUGACCAAGAUCUGGUGGGGGGACAUGGCCUUGGGCACGCCCAUCCUGCGGCUGCUGGGCGCCUUCCUCUGCCCGGCGCUCGUGUAUACCAACCUCAUCACCUUCAGUGAGGAGGCCCCUCUAAGGACGGGCCCAGAGGACCUGCAGGGGCUAGACAGCCUGGACGCGGAGAAGAGGCUGGACGCCGGUGGGCAGCGGCAAGCUCGGGGCUCUGGCCACCCGUCUCACCGCUGGCCGUGGCCUCCUUCGUGGUGCAGGGCGGCGGAGCUGGCCAAGGCACCGAGGACUCAGAGCAGCCGGGGCCCACGAGCCGCCUUCUUGCUCACGUGCUGGCGGAAGUUCUGGGGGGCGCCCAUGACCGUGUUCUUGGGGAACGUGGUCAUGUACUUCGCCUUCCUCUUCCUGUUCACCUACGUCCUGCUGGUGGACUUCAGGCCCCCUCCCCAGGGGCUGGCGGGGGCUGAGGUCACCCUCUACUUCUGGGUCUUCACGCUGGUGCUGGAGGAGAGCCGGCAGGGCUUCUUCGCAGAUGAGGACACGCUGGUGAAGAAGGUCACUCUCUACGUGGAGAACAACCGGAACAAGUGUGACAUGGUGGCCAUCUUCCUGUUCAUCGUCAGUGUCACCUGCGGGAUGCUGCCCUCGGUGUAUGAGGCCGGCCGCACGAUCCUCGCCAUCGACUUCAUGGUGUUCACGCUCCGGCUCAUCCACAUCUUUGCCAUCCACAAGCAGCUGGGCCCCAACAUCACCAUCGUGGAGCGGAUGAUGAAGGACGUCUUUUUCUUCCUCUUCUUCCUGAGCGUGUGUCUUGUGGCCUACGGCGUGACCAGCCAGGCACUGCUGCACCCCCAUGACAGGCGCCUGGAGUGGAUCUUCCGCCAUGUGCUCUACCAGCCGUACCUACAGAUCUUCGGGCAGAUCCCACUGGAUGAGAUCGAUGAAGCCCGCGUGAACCGCUCCGUGCACCCCCUGCUGCUGGAGGACUCGCCCUCCUGCCCCAACCUCUACGCCAACCGGCUAGUCAUCGUCCUGCUGGUCACCAACGUGCUGCUCGUGAACUUGCUCAUUGCCAUGUUCAGCUACACGUUGCAGGUGGUGCGGGGCAACGCGGACACCUUCUGGAAGUUCCAGCGCUACCACCUCAUCGUGAAGUACCACGAGCGCCCCGCCCUGGCCCCGCCCUUCAUCCUCCUCAGCCACCUGAACCUGGUGCUCAAGAGGUUCUUCCGGAAGGAGGCCCAGCAGAAGCGGCGCGCCUGGGUGAGGGACCUGCCGGAGCCCUGGGAGGCGGUGCAGAAGGAGAACUUCCUGAGCGAGCUGAAGAAGCCGAGGAAGGACAGCGGGGAGGAGCUGCUGCGGAAGACGGCCCACAGGGCAACUACUGCACGACGCUCCUCUCCUCCACGGCCGACACGCUGGCCCGCAGGAACACCUACUACGACUCCCAGAACUUCAGUGGUGGGAACCCACAGGCCUCUGCUGCCCGUGGAGGGGGCCUGGGAAGCAGGAAACACCCAGAGGCCGGCCGGCUGCCCUUGAACACCUGAGCCACUUGGACCGUCUGCACGUGGGGCCCACCUCUCCCAGAGCCCCAGGCCCCACGGACACGCCGGCCUGCCCCCACCUCCAGGGGAGCCCCCCCCAGCAGGAUGUGGCUCGGGGCUUUGCCAAAAGGAACCACUCGCUGCCCUGCCCGGCACCUUCCCUGGACGUCCUGGGCCCGGGGUGCAGCGGUGUGUCGUCGGCCCUCCCUGACAGGCAGAGCCCUCAGGACCCCGACCAGAACCAACCAGCCAGGACCAGGAGAGCAGACACUUGCUGAGCGCCCUGCGCGGGGCACCUCCCGUUAGGUGGGCAGCUAGCUGCCUUGGAGUCCAUGCCCAACCUGUGUCGCCCCCCAAG